AUGGAUGGGGCUCCGCCGCCUGCCAGCCCCGCUGGGCUCUCGGCGUACGUGGCCGUGUCACAGCUGCUGGGCCUGACGCUGCUGGCCACCACCGGCGCCUGGCUGGGCCGCUACCGGGGCGGCGUGGCCUGGCACAGCCCCCUCCAGUUCAACGUCCACCCCCUCUGCAUGGUGCUGGGCAUGGUUUUCCUCCAAGGUGACGCUCUCCUGGUCUACCGGGUCUUCAGGCACGAAGCCAAACGCUCCACCAAGGUGCUGCACGCGCUGCUCCAUGGCCUGGCGCUGGUCAUUGCCCUCGUCGGAAUCAUCGCCGUCUUCGAGUCCCAUCGGACCAAGGGCAUCCCCAACAUGUACAGCCUGCACAGCUGGUGCGGGAUGGCUGCCUUCGUGCUCUACCUCCUGCAGUGGCUCCUGGGCUGCGGUUUCUUCCUGUUCCCCGGUGCCUCCUUCUCGCUGCGCGGCCGGUACAAACCCCAGCACGUCUUCUUCGGCAUCGCCCUCUUCGCCCUCUCCAUCGCUGCCUGCUUGCUGGGCAUCACCGAGAUGCUCCUCUUCAACAUCAGUGAGUCCUACAGCCGCUUCGUGCCCGAGGGUGUCCUGGCCAACACCCUGGGGGUGCUGCUGGUGGCCUUUGGGCUGGUGGUGGGCUACGUGCUGACACGGGACGACUGGAAGCGCCCGCCACUGGCCGAAGAGCUGGCCCUCUCCAUGGACUUCAAGACCCUGACGGAGGGCGAGAGCCCCGGUGGUGGCAGCCAGUGA